AUGGGUCUAACCUAUAUUUAUCACAAAUCGAUUGCGAUUUUCUUGCGAGGUCUUGUUCGAUAUAGAUUAGAUCUUCAUCCAAAACCGGACGAGACCAUAUUCAUCCCGUCGCGGGAUGCUGGCCGGAACAUCAAAGCCCACGUCUACAAAUCAGUCGAAGAGAAACAGAAGCAACCCAGCCCAGUCCUGAUCAACUUUUGCGGGAGUGGCUUCGUCCUCGGUACUUUUGGCACUGACGAUGAAUUUUGUCGAUCUAUCUCAGACAACACGGACUAUACUGUGAUUGAUGUACAGUAUCGACUUGCGCCCGAACAUCCUUUUCCCUCGGCUUUCAAUGAUGCCGAGGACGUCGUGACAUGGGUGCGAUCAUUACCAGAACAGUUCGACACCUCCUGCAUCUCACUGUCGGGUUUCAGCGCAGGAGGUAAUAUAGCUCUCGCAGUGUCUUGUUCAUCCUCGCUCGUCCAAUCGGAAGCUAGUCCAGAUGUCUUCCGCGCAGUCAUGGUGUUCUAUGCCCCAGUUGACAUGGCUGUUCCAACACCACAAAAGCCACUGGUAGAUCGAUCAAACUUUAUUAUGCGAAAAAUCUUCCCAACCUUCUCACAUUUGUGUCACAAAUGUCUGAAUUUUGCCGGGUUUGAUCCCAAGGAUCAUCGAUUGUCACCAUUCUUUGCCGAUCCAAGCAAAUUCCCCCCGAAUAUAUUGAUGAUCACUGCUGCCCAAUGUGCUUUUGCUAUUGAGGUAGAGAAACUGGCAGAAAAUAUCCGCAACGUCGAUGGUAAAUAUGUUGUUUGCAAGAGAAUGGACGGUUGUGCCCACGGAUGGGACAAGGAAGCCAUUCAAGGCACACCCCAGGCCGAGGCGAAAGACGAGGCAUACGAAAUGGCAGCAAACAUGUUACGAAGAAGAGAAAUGGGAGCUGAAAAGCCCUCGAUGACGAAGGUGUGA